AUGGGCAACGCGACGGAUACUGGACAUAGCCUCGAUGGCGACGUGCCCGGAGCAGACAUUCUCAAAGGCGAUGUCAUUAUCGGAGCCAUUGCAGGAGAAGACGCUCGUGUCGCUUCAGAGCAGGAACAUAAUCUAAGCUUUCUUGAAGCUCUCAAGUUGUAUCCCACUGCCGUAGGGUGGAGCUUGUUCUUUUCGCUUGGCAUUAUCAUGACGGCCUUCGAUCCGCAACUCCUUGGUAACCUCUACGCAACGCCUGCUUUCCAGCGAGAUUUCGGGUACUUGUAUGAGGGCGAAUACAUCAUCAGUGCACCAUGGCAGACUGGCCUGAGCAUGGGUAACCCAAUCGGCCAGGUCGUAGGAGCUUUCUUCGCUGCCUACCCCAUGGAAUGGUAUGGACGGAAGAAGACGUUCGGUGUCUGUGUGAUCCUCACGGCAGCAUUCAUCUUCAUCCAGUUCUUCGCUCGAUCUCUGGCAGUACUACUCGUUGGUGAGCUACUCGGCGGACUGAUUCUUGGAACAUACGCUGCGAUUGCGCCGACCUAUGCCUCCGAAGUGUGCCCCGUUGCACUUCGUGGCGUUCUCACCAGUUAUGUGAAUCUGUGCUUCGUGAUGGGGCAGUUAAUCGCCAACGGUGUGAUCGCUGGGACGAGUCAGUUGGACACUCACUGGGCGUACAGUGCGCCUUUUGCAGCUCAAUGGGUCUGGCCCUUAGUCAUUCUCAUCGGGUGGCCAUUCGCGCCAGAAUCUCCGUGGUGGCUCGUCCGAAAGGGCAGGAUGGAAGACGCAGAACACUCCCUUUGCCGUCUCGCAUCGUCUAAAGUCGAUGUCAAACCUACUCUGGCCAUGAUCAUUGAGACAGAUCGUCUUGAGCACGAACUGGAAGCAGGAAGCACGUACCUCGACUGCUUUAAGAAGAUUAAUCUUCGACGCACAGAGAUAGCCGUUGGAGUCUACUCAAUCCAGGUCUUCUCAGGUAUCUAUCUCGUCGGCUAUGCAACGUACUUCUUCCAGCUGGCCGGACUGCCAACACGAGAAUCCUUCGACAUGAGUGUCGGCUUUCUUGCCCUUGGAUUCCUUGGAACACUGUUCUCGUGGGUGUUGCUCAUCCACUUUGGCCGGCGGGUCAUCUACAACACAGGCCUCUUCCUUCUAGUCGUGCUUAUGCUUAUCAUCGGCAUCCUGGACUGCGUACCAAACUACAAGGAACAUAAGAGCGUAAUCUGGGCUCAGUCUAGCUUGAUGCUCGUCUGGAACUUCUGCUAUGAUUUCUCCGUUGGACCGAUCUGCUUCGUGAUUCUUUGCGAGGUCUCUGCCACCAAGGUCCGAAGCAAGACAAUCGCAGUAGCGACAGCGAUUCAAGCACUUCUCGCGAUUGGAAUGACAGUUGCAAUCCCUUACAUGAUCAACCCAGAUCAGGGAAACAUGCGUGGUAAGAUCGGCUUCUUCUACGGUGGUCUCUCUUUGAUCAGCCUUACGUGGGCAUAUUUCCGUGUGCCAGAGACGAAAGGACGGACCUAUGAAGAGUUGGACAUCAUGUUCUUGCGAAACGUGCCCACGAAAGACUUUAAGAAGUAUCGAGUCGAAUGA